GGAGCGGUGUUGCGCUACACAACUUGAAAAAGGACUUUAUUUUGUGCAUUUCAACAUGGCAGCGUAUACAUUACCGGAGGGAUUCACGGAGUUUGAUAUGUUUACAUUCGGCACAGGGCUUCUUGUUGCGGGCAUGCUUGGAUUCUUCCUCAAUGCCAUCAGCAUUGUGUCUUUCCUCAGAGUGAAGGAAAUGCAGACUCCCAGUAACUUCUUUGUGUUCAAUCUUGCUGUGGCUGACCUCUGUUUGAAUAUUAAUGGACUCACAGCUGCGUAUGCCAGCUACCUCAGAUAUUGGCCUUUUGGUCAAGAUGGAUGUGCCUAUCAUGGUUUUCAGGGCAUGAUAGCGGUUCUGGCGUCAAUCAGUUUCAUGGCUGCCGUCGCUUGGGACAGAUAUCACCAGUACUGCACCCAACAGAAGCUCUUCUGGAGCACUACACUGACAAUAAGCAGCAUCAUCUGGAUUCUUUCCAUCUUCUGGGCUGCUGUUCCUCUUAUGGGAUGGGGCGUCUAUGACUUUGAGCCUAUGAAGACUUGCUGCACCUUGGAUUACACCAGAGGGGACAGGGACUAUGUGACCUACAUGCUGACUUUGGUGGUGCUCUACCUGAUGUUUCCAGCUUAUACCAUGUACUCAAAUUACGAUGCCAUCCACAAACACUUUAAGAAGAUCCAUCACCACAGGUUUAACACCAAUGUGCCUUUGAGGGUAAUGCUGACGUGCUGGGGGCCCUACGUCCUCAUGUGUAUCUACGCCUGUUUUCAGAACGUCAAGGUUGUAUCUCCCAAACUAAGAAUGGUGCUUCCAGUUCUUGCAAAGACAAACCCUAUCUUCAACGCUCUCCUUUUCUCAUUUGGUAAUGAGUUCUACCGAGGCGGCGUGUGGCACUUCCUCACCGGGCAGAAGAUUGUUAAUCCGGUUAUUAAGAAGUCAAAAUAAAAGGAAACUCAUUGCUCUCAUUAUAGGUUCCUGUUGUAAGCAUGAAUGGGUCGUUUAGAUGCCUGUCGGUCGAAAUAUUUUCACAUGUGGACAGUAACUCCUGACAAUCUCUACAUUUGGAGCCUCAUGCUGGAUUUGUGUAAAUCUAUUAAAUGUGUUGCAGGUAAUUCAUCCACUUUCAAAUUACUGUAUUCUUUCUACAGCAAUUUGUCUUUAACAUGCACUGCUCCUCUGUCCGUGUGAGACCACUGACAAUAAACCCAUUGUGUUGCUGCUUU